GGGGCAGAUGAUUCUAAAUUUAAAGAUAUUAUUUGUAGCCUUAAGCUUUUUUAUGGCAAUUUUUGUUCUGCUUGCAAACAGAUUUCUUAUCAUCAACAGGGUCUUUAUAUUAGCUGGUGACUUUGAUGAGAAAUUGAAAGUCGACACCACAAUUAUGAAGAUUAAUUGGGUAGUUAAUCAGAUUGAACAGAGCAACCCAAAUAUUCCAAAGGUUAGACCUUGGAGUGAGUGGCACAGGUACAACGAGAGCUGUGCGUACCAGACCUAUCACUUUGAUAUAAAAUUUAACAACGCUUACUGGCAAAUGCAAAAGACAACAAACGAAACAUUUUAUCUGUACGGCGCGUAUUAUGACAAUCGGACGUGGCCAGGAAAAUUCGCGCCAGUCGUAAGAAUACUCGGAAUGGUGGAAAGGCCCGGUUUAAACAUUACCAAAAACGUAAUGUGCCAGUUUUGGUUUGAAAAUAGAACCACGCCUGUCAUUGUGAAGGUUUAUCACAUACAAUACUUGUGGCGACCCGAAUGGGGCUAUACCAAAGUUGAUUUGAAGCCUUACAUGCUGAGCUGUUUCAUACCACCUUCGUCCUACCAUUUGGUACCAGAGUCGGUUUCUCUGGUGGAAAGGCCUUGCCAAAAUGCCACAAAUAACCUCCGUGUAAUAGACAUCCGGCCUGCCUCGGGAGCCAAACAAGAUUUUGCCGUCUGCGUGAAAUCUUUGAAUUUCCAGCACUGGGCGAAAAUUUCUGUUAGACUGGUAGAGUGGAUAGAACUAUUGAAAAUUCUUGGCGCGGAAAAAAUUACCUUUUACCAGCUUCAGGUUCACGCAAAUAUAAGCAAAGUACUGGAAUACUACAAAAGCUCGUGGAACGUCGAAGUGGUGCAAACAACCCUUCCUGGAAACUACCCAAACUCUCCUCAUCUCAUGGAUCUAUUUCUGACUGAGAGACUCGUAGUUCAAGUGUUCCAAGAACUAAUCGAUUACAACGACUGCCUCUACAGAAACAUGAAUCUGUUCAAAUUUAUUGUCUUGCUCGACAUUGACGAGGUGAUCAUGCCACUCGGAUUGAAUGAAAACUGGAGCAAUCUUAUAUACAAAACAGCCAUACCGAAGGCAAGAGAGGUGGAAAAAAACGAAAAAACAGAACAUAAUGUCACGCAUUCGACUUUUGUGGCGCGCAACGUUUUUUUCUUGGACGGCAUGGUGGACAAUCGGUUUUCAGAUAUUCCUAAUUACAUGCACAUGAUGCAACACGUGGCGCGAACGAAACAUUCUCCUAUAGGGGACCGUGUAAAAGCUUUCCACGCGACCAAUACGACAUUCGCUCUUCACAAUCACUUUGCUAGAGCGUGCGUUGGUGAAUAUGGGCAAUCGCUUAACUGGUGCAGGUCAAUACAGUUCGAUCUGGAAGACGCGCAGCUCCAGCAUUACUGCGUAGCGAACACCAAGAAAGAAUGCAAUGUCAAGAAGGGACAUAAUGUCACCGUCAAUGACACGGCUAUUUGGAGCACAACUGUUUCUUAUUUCACAAAAAUCUUCACUGUCUACUUGUAA